ACGACUGGCGUCUGUGUGGGAAGAGGGAGGAGGAGCUUGAAAAAGUAUGAACUUUUGUGUGAAGACGCAGACAGACAGAAGGAGAAACACUAGAAUUACUUAACGGAGUUUGGAAAAGCUCACGACUACCGAUGGUCUCUUUCGAACCGGAGAUGGUUUGCAAUCAACUGAUCAAAUAAUAGGUUUGGACCGAGUUUGGACAUGAAAGACUCCUCUUCUCGCAUCUUGGGACUGCGGUGCAAUUCACCUUGAACCUGUGCGGUUUUCCCCAUCCUAACCUGUGUAAAUUAUACUCUAUUAAUAGAAGCGUAAAAAGUGGAGAGUUUGCCGACUGAACGAAAGAAGAUAAAAGUUGCCAUAAAAUGUUGUCAUUAUUAUUCUUGAUUCUGUACAUUCCUGCUGUUGUGUCCUCAUCGUCACAGAUGGCUGGGAUCUUCCCCCAGGACCCAGCCCUGCCCAUCGGCUCCACCCUCACUGCCACAUGUUCAGUCAGCCCUGAUCUGGGCCUCCACGCCAGCUCUCUGUUCUGGAGCCUGAAUGGCCGCCGGCUGCCCAGCUCUUCUUACAGCGUGUUGAGCCCUACGGCCCUCAGUGUCACCCUGCCGGGCCUGCCAGCCUCUAGGCAGAGGUCAGGGGACAACCUGGUGUGUCACAACCAUGGAGGACAUGUUCUGGCCGGGUCCUGCCUCUACAUUGGGAUGCCUCCAGUGAAGCCAGUCAACUUAACCUGCUGGUCCAGAAACACCAAAGACCUGACCUGUCGAUGGGCACCGGGAGGACAGGGAGAGACCUUCAUCAAGACCAAAUACACACUCAAAUACAAACUCAGGUGGUAUGGCAGAGAGAGAGAAUGUGAGGAGUACAGUGCCGCCCAGCCAUACUCUUGCUACAUACCUCGUGACCUCGCCCUCUUCACGCCCUACGAGAUCUGGGUGGAAGCCACCAAUCAGCUCGGCUCAGCCACCUCUGAUGUCAUCACCCUGGAUAUCCUAGACGUGGUAACGACGGACCCGCCGACAGGUGUGAGUGUGAGUCGUGUGGGUAACCUGGAGGACCAUCUGAGUGUUCGAUGGGAGUCUCCCCCAGCUCUCAAAGACUUCCUGUUCCAGGCCAAGUACCAGAUACGCUACCGGCUGGAGGACAACUCAGACUGGAAGGUCAUGGAUGACGUUGGGAACCUGACAUCAUGUCGCCUGGCAGGCCUGAGACCGGGUACUGUGUAUUUUGUCCAGGUGCGCUGUAACCCAGUAGGGAUCUAUGGGUCUCGUAGGGCUGGUAUCUGGAGUGAAUGGAGCCAUCCUACUGCUGCUUCUACACCUCAUAGUGAUCGUGUGUUAUCAGGUUCGUGUGACUCCAAGUCUGGAGACUCCAAUUCUACGUUACGUCGUGAGCUGAAGCAGUUCUUCGGCUGGGUACGGAAUAAUGCGUAUGGCUGCGGCGGCAUGUCAAUCAAACUCUACGACCAAUGGAGAGUCUGGAUGCAGAAGUCCCACAAAACACGCAACCAGGUAGGUCCUACAAGGGGAUAAGUCAUAGUACGCAUCACCCCUGCCUUUAAACAACCAGCAACAAAGUCAAGACAACAUGUGUGUGAAAAAUGGUGUCCCCUAAAUGCUGUGGUUUUGCAUACACCAUUCAGCGACGGAAGAAGGGGGCAGAAAUACAAUUUUGGGGACAGUGUCUCUAGACCUGCCCCAUCCGCAGGGUGUGUGUGCUGUAAUUAUUUAACAAGACGUGGAGGAAUAAGACAUUGAGGAAUAGUGAUUUUCUUCUUACUGUGGGAAUACUGGCAGCUCUGAAAAGCUAGCGAUCCACAGCACCCUCUAGUGGAAGUUAACAAACUGGGAGGAACAGUGGAGACAGAGGGCCAGAGUAAUGUUUCUAGUCACAUCCCAGUCUUAAACCAUGACGACCCAAUCAGAACUGUCUGUGACCCACUAUUUGUGAACCCUGGUCUGGGAGGGUGGGGGGGGGGGACUAUUAAGGACUAUUAACUGACAUUGUGUUACAGGACUAUUAACUGACAUUGUUGUCUGUGUCGGUGUGGAGAUCUGUCUUAAUAAUAAGUAGGGUCAGGAGUUUUUCCUGAUCAUAUGGCCCUGCCCAGGAACACCUCCUGACCAUAAUGCUAAUGUAUUUUUCUACAGAAUUGUACUAUCAUAUUUAAACUAUUAUUUUGUGUUACUAAGUUAUGUUUGGUUACUGAUAAUGUUAUUGACUUAAUUAUGAAUUAUAGUUUGGUUUGAAAGAG